AGUGACAGACAAUCCUCCUCUGUGCAAAACUCGACUCACUUCCGCCAGGACAAAUAAAUACCUGCCUGACGUACGCGCACAUACACAAACUACCUUCUCAGAGUGCAGUCAUGUGUGACCAGACAUUUGUGGCGGUCACCUUUGGCCCGUGCGAGAGCUGCGGUAAGGCCAGCCCCCUCAUGAACAUCUACAUCAAGACCGAGCCCAUCAACUAUUGCUCCUUCUGCGUGGAGAAGAUGGCGUGUCAGGGGCUCCAGGCGGGGGAAAGUCUGGCCUCGCUCAAGAGGGAAAGUGCUACUUUGAAGAAGAAGUUGGACGAGGAGCGGAACAAGCUCAACGACGUCGAGCUAAGCAAGGUGGCAGAGAAGGUGGAGACGUUGUCGUCUCUGUCCAUCAAGACCAGACGCGUGCUCAAGGGUCACAACAACAAGGUGUUGUGCAUGGAUUGGUGCAAAGACAAGCGGCGCAUGGUCAGCUCCUCCCAGGAUGGAAAGGUGAUUGUAUGGGAUGCUUUCACUCUCAAUAAGGAGCACGCCAUGAGUCUGCCGUGCACGUGGGUGAUGGCGUGUGCGUACGCGCCCUCAGGUUGUGCGGUGGCGUGCGGAGGACUGGACAACAAAUGCUGCGUGUUCCCGCUCUCUAUGGACCCCAACGAGAGCCCGGUGACGAACAAGAAGCUGGUGGCCAUGCACACCAACUACCUGUCAGCUUGCACCUUCACCAACUCGGACAUGCAGCUCCUGACGAGCAGCGGUGACGGCACAUGUGCUCUGUGGGACGUGGAGAGCGGACAGCUGCUGCAGAGCUUCCACGGUCACACUGCGGACGCCCUGUCGCUGGACCUCGCCCCCUCGGAGACCGGCAACACUUUUGUCUCGGGGGGCUGUGAUAAGAAGGCCAAUGUGUGGGACAUGCGCUCUGGUCAGAACAUCCAGUCCUUUGAGAACCACCAGUCUGACAUCAACUGUGUCAAGUACUACCCCAGCGGAGAUGCGUUUGCGUCUGCCUCUGACGAUGCAACGUGUCGCUUCUACGAUUUACGCGCUGACCGCGAAGUGGCCGUCUACCAGAAAGAGAGCCUCAUCUUCGGGGCUUCCACCGUGGACUUCUCCCUCAGUGGUCGCCUGCUCUUCGCCGGCUACAACGACUACACCAUUAACGUGUGGGACGUCCUGAAGGGAAAUCGCAUUUCCACAAUGUAUGGUCACGAAAACCGCGUCAGCCGAGUCAGAUUGUCACCAGACGGCACGGCGCUCUGCUCCGCCUCUUGGGACACCACCUUGCGGAUUUGGGCCUAGACUCUACAUGCGAGCAUCUGGAAACAACAGUAGAAUUUAAAGCGGGGGCGAAGACAGAGACAAACAAAUAAAAACCUUAAAUGAGAUUAUAAUAUGAAAGACACUAUAAACUGGAUGUAGUAAGUGAAUGGUGUCACUAAGAGAAUCAUCAGGUUGUGUCAAGUAAGGUGAACAAAGGUCAAACAUUUCAAAUACAGGUGGUUUUAAGUGUUUUGUACAUAAUAGUCUAAUUAUGAAACUGGAAGGACAGCAGUUUGUCAAAUUGUAUUCAUUCAAAUUCAAUCCAACGCUGUCUUGUGUUCUUUUACUACCGAGUAUAUCAUUUGAAUUAACUGUAAACCUCCAAUCUGCAUUAAAUGCAACUGAUGUCACCAAUUUGUGGUAUUCAAAACUGUGCUAUUUAGUUCAUGUAUCAAUAUAUGCUCACAUUUGGGAGCAGGGUGAAUACCAAGUUUGUUUGAAUCAAGAAUAAAAAUGUUAUGCUCUUAAGUGGGUAUAAAUGGACCUUGAACACCUCAUUAUCAGCCAUACCAGGGGCUGGUAGAGCAUGCAAACUAUGUCAAGCUUCUGAACUUCAUAACUGUGAGGUCAAUGUGCUGCCCUGUAAGGAUACAUGUAUUUUAAAAAGUCGUGAUUCAUGUUUGUUUGACUCUAGUGCCACAAGACCAGAUAUUGAUCCCUUUGUCUGUGACACGUCUUGAAUUUGUUUCAGUACAUGUUUAAAGGUCUUCACACCAUUGAUGGGCUGUUUUUCUACUUGAUGACCUUUUUAAAAAAAUAAUAAUAAUAAAUACGAAAGUGGCUGAAAUAAUCUGGUUUGUCAGUGUAUGAGGCACAAGUUAUCAGCAUCGGAAAAUGAAUAUUAGGUGGGAAAGUACCUGGUGUAAACAAGGGCCAGAUGGGAAUUUGAGAGUGAGAAGCCAAAAUAAAUAAAAAGCUGAUGCAU